AUGGGUAGCGUUUUCUCAGUCUCAGUCUCAUCUUCAUUUGAUCCUGUUCUUUCUCGUUUUUUAGAUUGCACUAUAAGAAGGGCAAAACACGUUCGCGACCUCAAAGAUAAUCUCAAAGCCUUGGAGACUGAAUUGCAACAAUUAAUUCAAACCAGAAAUGAUGUUACGAGGAGGGUUCGCGUUGAUGAACAAAGCCAGAUGAAACGGAUGGACCGUGUUCAAGGCUGGCUUCAAGAGGUGCAAGAGGCAGAAGCCCAAGUUGAUAAACUACUUCAACUCAAAUCUCAACAAACUGACAAAUUAUGUCUUGGAGGAUACUGUUCCAAGAACUGCAAGUCAAGCUAUGAGUAUGGAAAACAAGUGGCUGAAAAGCUGAAAUAUGUGGCUAAGCUAAGGAGUGAGGGAGCUGCUUUCCAACAGGUAGCUGAGAGGGUACCAGAUGAUGUUGCAGAUGAAAUUCCUCUUGAAUCAACAAUACUUGGAUUGGAAUCCACAUUUGAUAAAGUUUGGAAAUGCCUCGUUGGAGAAGAAGUAGGAAUCAUUGGCAUAUACGGCACCGGGGGAGUUGGCAAAACAACCUUACUAAAACAAAUCAACAAUAAGUUCUGCAAUGAGCUUCAAAGUUUUGAUGUUGUUAUUUGGGUGGUAGUAUCUAGAGUUCCAAAUUUUGAAAAGAUUCAAGAAGACAUUGGGGAAAAGAUAGGUUUAAAGGCGGAAUCUUGGAAGACAAGAAGUCUUCAAAAGAAAGCUGGGGAUAUCUUCAAGAUAUUGAUUUGCGGCUACAUGAAAGCUGACAAGCAUUUCAAAGUGGAGUUUUUGAGAGAUGAGGAAGCUUGGAAAUUGUUUGAGGAGAAUCUACAAAGUGAAGUUUUGGACCAUCCUGACAUUCCUCAAUUAGCAAAAGUUGUAGCCAAAGAGUGUGGUGGACUACCCCUUGCGCUAUUAACCGUUAGUCGAGCCAUGUCUUGCAAGAACACACCUCAAGAAUGGAGGCAUGCAGCAAAGUUGUUAAGGAACUCAGCAUCUCAAUUUGCAGGUAUGGGGACAGAAGUGUAUCCUCUUUUAAAGUUCAGUUAUGAUAGUUUGCCUGGUGACAAAAUUAGAUCUUGUCUUUUAUAUUGUUGUUUAUAUCCAGAAGAUUUUCGGAUUAAUAAACAGCGAUUGAUAGACUGUUGGAUAGGUGAGGGUUUUUUGGAUGACUCUAAUAGAAGUGAACGUGNAGUUUUGGACCAUCCUGAUAUUCCUCAAUUAGCAAAAGUUGUAGCCAAAGAGUGUGGUGGACUACCCCUUGCGCUAUUAACUGUUAGUCGAGCCAUGUCUUGCAAGAACACACCUCAAGAAUGGAGGUAUGCAGCAAGUUUGUUAAGGAACUCAGCAUCUCAAUUUGCAGAAGAUUUUCUGAUUGGUAAACAACAAUUGAUAGACUGUUGGAUAGGUGAGGGUUUUUUGGAUGACUCUAAUAGAAGUGAAGUAUAUGACGAGGGAUAUUAUAAUAUUGGUAUCCUUGUUCAUGCAUGUUUAUUGGAAGAAGAAAAAGAUAAGGAAGAUGACAAAGGAGAUUACUUUGUAAAAUUGCAUGAUGUGAUACGUGACAUGCUUUUAUGGAUAGCUAAUGAUAUUGAGAAGGAAAAAGAAAAUUAUUUAGUUGAAGCAGCCACUGGAUUAACUCAAGCACCAGUGAUUGGAAAAUGGGUUGGAGUAAGAAAAAUAUCAUUAAUAGGCAAUGGUACUUUGGCUUUGUCACAAACACCUACAUGCCAUGAUCUCCAAACUUUGUUUCUCAAUAUAGGUACGUUAGGAUCUGUCUGUGAUAACUUCUUUGACUUUAUGCCUUCUCUUAAAGUUUUGGAUCUGUCACUUAGUUUUGGGCUUUCUAAAGUACCGGUUGGAGUAUCAAAAUUGGUUUCAUUACAAUAUCUUAAUCUAUCACGUACUCCUAUAAUAGUGCUGCCGGUUGAACUAAAAGCCUUAAAAAAUCUUAAAUGUUUGAGCUUGGAGAGUACGAGCUGGCUACAAACAAUUCCGCGUCAAUUGAUAUCUAAUCUUCAAAGUUUACGUACAUUGAGAAUGAACAAAUGUGGUACCAGUGCUAAAUUUAGAAUAAAGGAUAGUGUUUUAUUUGAUGGUGGUGGUGAAGUGUUGGUGGAGGAAUGUGAUUGUUUGGAAUAUUUAAAUGUGCUGUCCAUCACCUUGCGAAGUUACAAUGCUCUCCAAAGACUUUUGAGCUCCGUUAAGUUACAGAGUUGUACUCAAUCUCUAUUCCUUAACGGUUUUUAUGAGUCAACGUCGUUCAAUAUUGCAGCUCUUGCAACUCUCAAGCAUCUUUUUCAACUAGAAAUUAGUGAAUGGGACGGCUCUGAUAUGGUGAAGGUAGGGAAUGUACAAAAAAUACGGGAACCAUCUAGUUUCUACAAUCUUCACGAUAUAAGACUAUCAAAUUGCAACUGUUUGAGGGAUUUGACAUGGAUUGCUUUUAUUCCAAACCUCAAGUUUCUUUCUAUAGACAGUUGUGAUGCGAUGAAAGAAAUCAUCAAUGUUGAAAAAUUGGGUGAAGUUCCAGGGAUGAUGUCAGAUCUAAUCCCUUUUCAGAAACUCCAAUUUCUUGUGUUAAAUUGUUUGAAGAAUUUGAAGAGCAUCUUUGCGAAGGCCUUGCCCUUCCCACAUCUCAAGGAAAUUUAUGUAUUUUACUGCCCAAUGCUUAUGAAGCUUCCAUUGGAUGCCAAUAGUGCAAAGGAACAUAAAAUUGUUAUCAAGGGAGAGGAAAAGUGGUGGAAAAAUUUGCAAUGGGAGGAUGAAGCCACUCUGAAUGCUUUUCUUCCUUGUUUCUUUCUGAUAGAUCAAUAACAAUCGUGAAUUUAUAAGGCACUGCAAAAUGCUGUUGAAUGUGGCAUUAGAAGCUCUACUUUGUGGUGCAAACCUGUGGAAGUACAACUAGUAGCCUUUCUUUCAAUGGACGUUCAAAACGAGGCCAUUCAAAAUGAUCAGCUUGAUAAGAGGAAUGCAUGUUGUAUCACAUUUAACCGCCGAGAGGCAAAGCUUGAUACAGCUUUUGGACAGUAUUUGCAUUUUUAUGUGAGUGCUACAGAAGACAAUGCAUGCAGCCUUUUGAAGGUCAAGGAUUCCAACCUCCUGGAUCAACUUUAGUGAUACAUUCUGCUUUACCAUCAGUAGUCAGAUUAAUCUUGACAGCAUGUACUCUAAAGUCUGUGUUGUAAAGAUUUUGUAAGGAACUAAUUCAAUUCUUCCUUUCUGUGCCCAAUAAACCAUCAAUUAUUCCAGAGGAGCUAUUUAUACUACACCACCAAGUUUGAUAUUCAAAAUGGGAUUGUGUUCCAGAGGAGCUAGUUUUAGCUGUGGCACAACACAAGUGACCAGAUUUUGCACUUUUACUUGCCUGAUUGGGUUUUUUAGUUAGCUUCUUC